AACAUUAAACAUUAUUACAUAAUGGCCAAUGGCAAAAUGGUAACUUUGCAAAAAAGUGUGGGGGCAAAAUGGACAUCCAACCCUUAAGCACAAGCAAGGCAGCCAUUCCCCAUAUUCUCAAUCCUCAUUCAUCACCCGCUCGUUAACUUGACGAUUGGGCACCGCGAAUCUUACAAUAAACUCCCGAUUGUUUCUUGAAGAUCCAGUUUUUGCAGCAAUGGAUGGGCAUGACUCUGAAGAUGCAAAGCAAAGCACGGCUGACAUGACCAUUUUUGUGCAAAAUCUUCUUCAACAAAUGCAAUCUAGGUUCCAAACCAUGUCCGACUCCAUUAUCACAAAGAUCGAUGAGAUGGGGAGCCGCAUAAAUGAAUUGGAGCAGAGCAUCAAUGAUCUAAAGGCCGAGAUGGGUGUCGAGGGCUCUCCGUCACCACUACCUCCAUCAAAGUCAGUUGCAGAUGAAGUGAAGAAAGAUGAAGGUUCUGCCUAGAAAUAGUUGAGAGUGUUCAUUUUAUUGAUGAGUUUGUUGCAAUAUUCUCUUUUUGCUAUUGCCUUUGUGAAGUUGAAACCAAUGCUUAGAAUGAAACAGAAAAGAGCAAUAUGAUAUAAACUUGGACUUGCUGUUUCUGCAUGAUUUCUUAUUGAUAAUAUAGUGAUGAUUAUACUC